AUGACGACUGUAGCGGCUGAUCAAGAGAAUUCCCUAGGAAUUUCCAACACGACUAUUCAUAACUUCCAAGCGAUGUUCCCUACGAAAACUAUAGCACAAAUUGAAUCCGUUUUACAAAAACAUCAUGGAGAUCUUGCCAAUACAAUUGAUGAACUUCUAGCUGAUCAAUCUAAUUCAUUUCAUACUAAUCCUAAUCCAAUGUUUUUCAAUCCAAACUUUUCUUCGUUCGCUCAUGCCUCUUCAUCUGCUACUUAUCCAAUUCAAAUGACUUCUCCUGUACCUCCACCUCCUCCUUAUUCUGAAGCUAUUCGUAGCUCAGCUCAUCCACAUUCUGCUAGAAAUACUGUGGACUCAUCGCCGUUUCAUACUAACUAUUCUGCAGCUCCUGCUAACAUCUCCCUCACUCGACGUCAUCAUUCAGCUGACAAUGCUAAUCAUUUAUCUUCGAUAGCCAAUGCUCGCAAUGCCCGCAGUCGAGCUCCGCGUAUCAGCCUUAAUGAGUUUAAACAAGAGAAACGACGUCUUGAUCAUCUGAAAAAAGAGAAUGAACGCCGUUUAGAGAAUGUUACGGAUGAGAUGCAAGCCAGAAUACUGGAAGACGAACAGCUAGCUCUCUUGAUGCAAGAUAGAGAGCUAAAUCGAUGCAUGGGGAUCGCACCUGUUAAUCAACGUAGAAGCUCAUCUACGUACCACUCAGAAGCAAAACCGCAACCAAAGCCAAGAAGACGAGCAACAUCUCCAGGACCAUUGUUACCCGAGGGACCAUUGGUUGAAGAGAUGGUUAUGCGCUCUACGGAAAGAGACUUCCGUGAAAAAUUAAAAAUUAUUAGUAAAGCUUCGAAAGCACGACUAAGUCAGAUAACUUCUCGUUUUCGUAAAGACGAUAACUGA